CCUAACCCCUUUAACUGACAGAAAGUAUAGACUCUACUCUCAUGUUUGUGAUUGUGUUGCUGGUAGUUUUCUCUAUAUGUAUUGCCACAGGAGGUGGCAAUGUAAAAGUCACAUUCACUUCAUCUCAUGACCCUCCUAUUAUUGCUGAGGGAGAUACAGCAGUCUUUAACUGUUCAUCAAAUCAUUCACUUGUUCUUAUUAACUGGAUAUUGAAUGAAACAGUAUCAGCUUCAACAUUGACCUCACUUGGUGUUAUUGUUAAUGGAGCAGCAACACCAGUCUCUUCUCUCAUUAUACCAGGACUAGUGGAUCCAUUCAAUGACACUGAAGUGCAAUGUGUUGCAUUUGGGUUUGGUAUUGGUGACUUUAGUCCUUCUUCAGUGACACUGAAAGUACAGGGUAUCCCAGCACCUGUUGAUAAUUUAACACUGUCUUAUUAUUCUUGUUGUUAUACGUUUUCCUGGAUUGCUCCUUUCACUCUGCCUGGUUUUCCUAUCUUGAAUUACAAUGUCAGUGUCACCAGCAAUGACGAGAUGAUAAAUCAAGCAAAACUUAAUGACUCUGUUAUACAAUGGAUAUAUUAUCCUAAAGAGGUGGCCACUCAUACUUUCAGUAUAGCAGCUGUCAAUAAUGUAGGAGAAGGAAAGAUAAGCAACCUGCCUAUGGAGAAAAAUGAAAUCAAUGACACAGAGCUGAUAGAUCAGUAUCUAGAUUAUGAGUCUCAAAAUCACAUAAUUGACAUAAAGAUAUCUAGAAAAGAUGCAGAAUUUAAAAACUGCAUAUUUAAUCACGUUGCACUAGAUUGUACUGAUAGCAAUGCCAUCUUUAAUUCCAGCAACAUCACUAAUGAUGCUUUCGUAACAUUUAACAUUUCAGCUGCCGAUAAGGUUCACAAAGUUACUACUCACAUCACCCUUCAGUCUGGUCUUGUUGUUAAUAGUGACAGCAGCAACCCUUUGUCCCUCAGUAAGUUUUGAUAGCUGUUGUUGAGGUCAUCUUUUAUC